AAGCGAGUCCUCAUCACCAGAGACCCGGAGCAGAUCAAGGCCAUCCUCGCCACCAACUUCUCCAGCUUCGGCCAUGGACCCAUGUGGCAUAGACUGUGGCGCCCCUUUCUCGGGGACGGCAUCUUUGGCGUCGACGGCCAGCUCUGGCACGAUAGCCGCAGCAUGAUCCGGCCCAUGUUUGCCAGGGACAGGCUGCGGAAUCUCGCCAUCUUUGAAGACUGCACCAGCAAGCUGCUGCGCAAGAUUCCUUCGGCGGGAGCCACCGUUGAGCUCAAGGACCUGUUUUACCGCUGGGCUUUGGACACGACGACGGAGUUUCUGCUGGGAGAGAAUGUCAACAGCUUGGACUUUCCCGACCAUGAUGUUUUCAACGCGAUGCAUGUUGCACAGCGGAUACAGAUGUACAUCUUUGUUCUCAACCCCAUCGCACCGUUGAUUCCCAAAGGCAACUACCACCGAGCCAUCCGGAGAAUCGAGGAGUUCAUCGAGCCAGCCAUAGCACGAGCGCUCGCCAUCCCCCCGGCCCAACUCGAGGAGCUCUCGAAAUCGGAUCUGGAGUUUUCGUUUCUGCAUAGCAUCGCCCGCUACACAAGGGAUCCGAAAGCCAUUCGAGAUCAAAUCAUGUCCGUGCUUCUUGCCGGCAGAGACACGACGGCGGCCACCCUAUCGUGGGCAAUGUACGAGCUGUCUCACUACCCCGAGAUCUGGGCAAAGCUGCGCAGUGAGGUGCUCGCCGCAUUAGGGAACCAUGGAACGCCGACCUACGAGACGCUCAAGGAUCUAAAAUACGUCAGGAAUAUACUCAGCGAGACGCUGCGGCUUCAUCCAGCGGCUCCCCUCAACAUGCGCCAGGCAUUAGAGACGACAACCAUCCCUGGCCGCCCCGGCGAGGCAGACGUUGUCCUUCUCAAGGGAGACAGCGUGACGAUCAACACACUUGGGAUGCACAUGUGCGCAGAACUGUAUCCGCCUACCUGCAAAACGUUUGCCGAUCCGAGGAUAUUCAGCCCAGAGAGGUGGGAGAGCUGGACGCCAAAGCCAUGGACAUAUCUGCCGUUUUCCGGCGGGCCAAGGAUAUGUGCUGGCCAGAACUUUGCGCUGACUGAAAUGGCGUUUUGCUUGGUUCGACUGGCUCAACGGUUUGAGAGCAUCGAGUAUCGCGGCGACUGGGCGGCCCAGAAGCUGCAGGCGGACAUUAUCGGAACGCCCGCCUUGGGCAUUCCCAUGGCGUUGUACGAGCCUGGCGAGAUGCCAGAUGUGCCACUCAGCGUUGGAGUUCAUUAG